GGUUGACAACAGUGGCCUCUCAGUUUGUAUCCUGGUAGAGAACAACAUUAUUUUAUCUUCUGAGGCAGUUUAUGUGUAAAGUGUGUCACGGUUACCGGGUGUUGAUGAGUGUGUUUCGGUGACAGCCCUCCAGCAGCAGCGGUCGUUGUGUUUACAGCGUCUCUCGGUCCAACAUGGCGGCGGUAGACGUGGAGGAUGAGAGCAUUCUGGCGUCGAUCUUUAAGGACAGCUUCCCGGACAGCUGGAGGGACAACCCGGACUUCGCGGCCUACCUGUCCGAGCUCAGCUCCUUCGGGGUGGAGAAGCUGAGCCGGGAGCCAGAGCGGCUGGCGGAGGAGCGGGCUCAGAUCCUGCAGCAGACCCGGGAGCUGGCCUUCUCCAACUACCAGACCUUCAUCCGAACCGCCGACUGCACCGAGCACAUCUACCGGGACUUCGGCCGGGUGGAGAGCAGCGUGUCCCGGCUGCUGGACAAGCUGCCCGGCUUCGGCGAGAGAUGCAGGGGCUUCAUGAAGGAGGCGGAGGACAUCGGAGCCAGUCGACGGAUGAACAGCCUCACGUUGAACCGUCACACUGAGAUCCUGGAGAUCCUGGAGAUCCCGCAGCUCAUGGACACCUGCGUCCGCAACGGAUACUACGAGGAGGCUCUGGAGCUGGCGGCGUACGUUAAGAGGCUGGAGAAGAAGCACUCGUCGCUUCCCGUCAUCCAGGGAAUCGUGCGUGAAGUGCGUCAGUCGACUCAGCUGAUGCUCAACCAGCUGCUCCAGCAGCUGCGCAGCAACUCGCAGCUUCCCGUCUGCCUGCGUGUGAUUGGCUACCUGCGCAGGAUGGACGUGUUCACGGAGGCGGAGCUUCGGGUGAAGUUCCUGCAGGCUCGAGGCACGUGGCUGCACUCCAUCCUCGCCGCCAUCUCUGAGGACGACCCCUACUUCCACAUCACCAAAACCAUCGAGGCCUGCAGAGUCCACCUGUUCGACAUCAUCACCCAGUACAGAGCCAUCUUCUCUGAUGAGGACCCGCUGGUGCCUCCCGCAGGCGGCCAGGUGGCGGUGAACGAGGCCGCCAUCUUCCACGGCUGGGUGGUGCAGAAGGUGGCUGAGUUCCUGGAGACGCUAGAGAGGGACCUGCAGCGGGGCGUGGGGGGCCGCCUGGACUCCCUGCUGGGUCAGUGCAUGUACUUCGGUCUGUCCUUCAGCAGGGUGGGGGCGGACUUCCGCGGCCAGCUGGCGCCCAUGUUCCAGCGCGUGGCGGCGGAGACGUUCCGCAGGGCCGUGCAGGAGGCAGUGGACAAGUUCCAGGAGGACAUGAACCUGUAUACGCUCAUCGCCCUGCCCUCGGUGCUCGGAGGGACCAUCCCCCCCGUGGCCCCCAGCACCCAGCCCGGCACCCUGCAGCCCCCCAUGUCCCUGCUGGACUUCCAGCCGCUGGCCUGCUUCCUCAACAACAUCCUGACCGCCUUCAACGACCUGCGGCUCUGCUGCCCCAUCGGACUUGCUCAGGACGUCACCACGAGCCUCGAGGACGCCCUCAAGAUGGUGACCCGUCAGAUUUUGGUGUUUCACCGUGCCGAGGAGUCGGCGUUCAGCAGCAGAGAGAAGGAGCUUUUUGUUCAGUUCUGCAGUUCGUACGCUGAAGACCUGCUGCCGUUCCUCAACCGCUGCCUGCAGGUCCUGUUUCCUCCGGCUCAGCUCGCGCUCAUCCUGGGAGUUCCUCCGACUCAGCUGCACAAGUACGGCAAUCUGGGCUGCAUCGACCUCGCCGCCGUCCUGGAGCCUCUGGAGUUCGUGCUCCCACAGAGAGAGAUAUUAGCACCGCCACCGCCAGCCUCAGCGGCGCCAGAGCUUGACAUCGCCUCUGAACUGAGCAGCCUGACGUUUGAGACGCAGCUCAAAGAACCAGCGACAGGUCAGGACCUCACAGAGGAGGCAGGAAGUCCCGCCCUGUCACCGCCCCCCUCUGGUCUCAGAGACUCUGAAGAGCGAGAUGAGGAGACUAUACAGGAUGAAGACUUUUCUCUGGAGUGACGGACAGAAGGACUGAAACAAUGUGUGAGGACUUCUCUGUGGGCUGUUGGUCUGAAUGAUGAAUCACUUUGGACUCUGGGAACUGGUGACGGACAUCUUGUCUCUGUGGACACUUUAAUGAUAAUUUAAUAAACGGUCGUUUCUCUAAC